UUGCUGAGCUAUCCGGAAGAGACUGUCAUCUAGGGAAACAACGUCAACCGACACUUAGUGUUUGUUUUGGUUGUCUAGGUUGCCAGUUAGCAAGCUGAAAGAAAGAUGUCUGCCACCGAGGACGAUACUGAGUUGCGUGAUCUUUUGAUCCAAAACUUAGAAAAUAAUGGUGUCUUGAACAAAUUAAAGGCAGAAAUGCGCGCUGCUGUCUUCCUGGCUAUGGAUGAACAAGAUAAAGUGGAGAAUAAAACUCCUCUUGUCAAUGAAAACCUGAAGAAAUGUCUUAAUACCAAGGAUGGACGCCUAGUUGCCAGCCUCAUCAUAGACUUUCUGCAGGUCUUCCACCUGGACUUCACCCUUGCUGUCUUCCAACCAGAGAUUAACUCCUUAAAUGGCCUGGACAGCCGUGAGCAGGUGUCUCGUGAGCUGGGUAUCACAGAGACCGAUAUGAACAGGAACACUCCUCUUCUCCUGGAGCUUGUUAAGAGAGGCAGACACAGGGAGAAGUCCUCCGAGGGAGACAAGGCUACAAGCAUACCCAAGGAACUGUCCCCCAGGCAAAUAGCAGAUGCCCGGAAAAAGUUUGACAUUUAUGACAUGGACAGAACUGGUGGGGUUUGCAAGGAGGAUUUGCAGUCAGUGUUUGGAGAUCUCUUUCCCAACUUUAACAAGAACAUGCUGGAGAGUUUUGUCACUGAUGAACUUCGAGCUGGAGACAAAGCCUCCAGCAAAUCUGUCGACUUUCAGGAGUUUCUGGGCUUGUACAAGCACUUCUUCAGUCAGUGUCGAAGUGUGGUCAGCCAUGACUGCAGUGAUGUCUUCCUCAAUCCCAGUCGCUAUACUGAGGAGAAGACUUCACUAGUUAGCAAGGAUGAAGAGAUCCCCAGGUAUAAAGGACGUAAGCACAAUGCACACGAGGAGAAGGCUGACUCCAAGGGUGUGGAGGUCCAUCACAGCAACAGUGAAACGAGCCUGAGCUUUGGCUCACUAAAGGGCAAAGGUACGGGUCAUGUGACCACGAGGCACAGCGACGCCUCGCGUGACAACGGCAACGUGGUCCUGAAGAAGGGCCUGGACCCGGAGGAGGAAGAGGAUGCCGAGGAGGACGCCGACGAGGGCGACUCUUUCUUUGACGACCCUCUGCCCAAACCUCAGAAAACCUAUGGCUGUGCUAUUUCCCUGGCAAAGAGUCGUUCAGGCCCCAGUCUCUCUGAAAAGAGAAACAGUCCGAUUGACAGCUUUGCCCGCUCUCUGAGGCAGGAGAGCCUCUCAGGGCUGUCCCUUAACCCAAUGAGGAGGGGCACUAGCCUCAAUGACCUGUCUGCUCUGGGCAGUGACACAGAGGGCGAUGGGGACCAGCUCUGUUCUGAAUCUGAUAAACUGAGCUGCUCGGAGCCCAGGAGAGCAGCCGACAUAGGCAAGGAGGCGGGAAUCAGCCCCCUGACCUCUCUGUCUGACCCGGCUCCCCAGAGGAGUGUUGCGGGUGAGGGGUCCCACUCAGGUGUGUCCUCCAAAACCCAAGGAUUCGAAGACUUCAUGAAGAUGAAUGACAAAAGUGGAACUUCAGUGCAUGAUGAUGACGUGGACUAUGACGAUGACUUUAACAGCCAUCGAUCAGAUAUCUCCAAGAGUGAGCUGAGCAUCGGGGAAGAGAUCGAGGAGGUUUCCAUCGAGGGACCCGAUGUUAGCGAUAAGGUGGACGAGAGGACACAGGACCUCAGUGUGUCCCAGCUCAGCCACAGUCAUGGAGCCGACUACAUGGAAGAAGUGCCCUGACGGCACAAUGGCCCUUUCUACUGUGCAAGCUGUAUUUAUGAUGUGUACAUAAUUUGUGUUCAUGGACCCAAUAAAAUGACUACUGCUGAGAA